UACAUCGACGCAUAUCGACCGACGACGUCAACUGUCAAGUGUCGAGGUGUAAUAACAGUCUACAGUGAUUUCUUUUGUAUUCACUUGCAUUUUGAGCACAAAUUUAUCAGUCUCAAGAAAAAAAUUGACAAAAUCGAUACCUAACAGGAUGGUCAGUUUGUAGCAUAGACCGUUCGUUGAAUGUGAUAAGCCCCUCUUUUCUUUAAUUUUUAACCUGCCUGCACAAGAUGUCUUGGCUAUUUGGCAAAAAAAAGCACAAGGAUUCACCUCCAGAAUCCAGGGAUGAGCAAGAGGACCGGCCUCCCGCAGAUCCAGGCGAUGAUUUCAUAGUAAUUGAAAGAAGAAGAACUUCUUUGCCACCUAAUGUCAGUGACGACGGUAUUUCUUAUCCUAGUGGAUUGUACCCCUUCAUCGGUGGAACACCAAUGAACCCUGCAAUGUCAGCUGGUAAUUUACCAAAACUGAUUCAGCAAGCGGAUGCUCCACAUUAUCUGAGUGGUGUGCCAUUUAAGUUAUGUAAACAAUUGCAAAGUAAUAUGAACAACGACUUGGAGAUAGAUGGUUUACGGAUUAGCGAAAUAAUGUCUUUCGUUGAAAGAUUAGAAAAUCAAAAUUACAAUUACGAUUUCUCGCUUGAAAAUGGAGUUAUUACAGAAAUGGAUAGUAGAACUGACGAUUGACUUGAAACCUCUUUGAUUGUUAUUGUUACAUAUAAUAGGAAUGUAAAUUCUACGAAUUAAAGAAUCAAAUUUUGUUAUAGAUAUAUAUACAUACGUAGCUUUUAAUUGUGUGAACAUAAUAGUUCUUUUUAAAGAUGAGAUAAAGAGGAAAAUGUUGCAUGUAAUAAUAGUAGAUGUUAAAUUUCUUUUAUUCACAUUUUUUUAAAACGUUCCUAUUUUUCAUGUAAUAACAAAUAAAUACGUGAUAUCUUAAGUAUAUUAGUUACAAAAAUAAUACAUGAAUAUUAAGCUUUUGAGAAAAAAAUUAGUUUGCAGGCUUGAAUUAUUAUGAAAGAAAGUAUAACACCAAUUUAAGAUUAAUUUUUUAUGUAUUUAAGUUGCUUAGAGAGAUAGUUUUAUUGCCAUAAAAUAUAUGUAAUUAAUGCACACGUUCGAUACGUUAUAUAUUAUUCGUGAUAUAUUUCAUGACAUACUAACAAAAAGCGUUCUAAAAAGACAGUUGUAUAAAUUAUACAGCUGUAUAUAAAUAAAAUGUAAA